GAGUUCUGAUAGGCUAGUGUCAUUCCUGGAAACUUCUAAAGGCCCAGCUGGUGCUAUAUGACUUAACUUGCGUGUCUGAUGCCUUCCCUAGGGUGAAUGCAUCUGGAGUUGGCAUCUCAGGGCUCCCAAGAAAGCAGAAGUGGAAACAUUCUAUUUAUCAAAGCAAGUCACAAGGCUAGCCCUCAUUCAGAGGAAGAGAAAACAGAUUCCACCUCUUGAUGGAAGGGGUGGCAUGCAUGCACAGGCAUGGCAGGAAUUAUUGGCAGCCAUCUUCAUAGGCAGUAUACCACUGUUAAUGUUAAGUUUGAGGUGCUCAAUAGAGAAUGGAGUUGGAAAUUGGAUACAGGAGUUGGGUGUUCAAGGAAAACUUAUGUGAUAGUGGUAUAAAUGUGGGAGUUAACAUAAAAUGGUAUUUAAAGCCAUGGAACUUGAUGAAUUCACCUUGGAAUGAAUGGUUGAUAGAAAAGAGGAAGUCCAGGACUGAGUCUGAGGUGCUUUCAUCUAGAGGUGAGGCAGAGAAGAUGACAAAGGAAAUUGAAAAGAACCCUGUGAAAUAAAAAGAGAACUAAUGUACAUGUUCCAGUAAAAGCAAGAGAAGAAAGUGGUUGAAGAAAGAGGCCUAUCUUGUUAAAAGGUCGAGUAAGAAGUGGCCCCUGGACUUGUAGGCCCCUGGUCACAUGUACGCUGUGGGUGGCUUCCAUAACAGUGAGUCAAAUUACUCAAACUAGGUGCCUCAAUUCCAGAGGCACUCAAUAGUGGGCUGAUUUUAAAAGCCAUGGGAUUAAUGUGGUUAUCUUGUGAGAGUGCCAGUUUUAUGACAUGACUGAGCCCCAGUUAAAACUCUGGACUCCCAGGCUCUGGUGAGCCUCCCUUAUCGGCAAUACUCUAUACCUAUUGUCACAUAUCUUUGCUACAAGCAAUUUGUACUGUCUACAAUUCCACGGAGAGGACAUCUGGAAACUCAAGUGUGGAAUUCUCUGGAACCUCUGUCCCGUGCACCUCUUUCCUUGAAUGAUUUUUAAUCUGCAUCCUUUUCCUAUAACAAACCAUAACCAUGAGUAAAACAGCAUUCAGUGGAUUCUGUGCAUUCUUCUAGCAAAAACUUUGAAUUGCUGUCAGAAGUGAGGAUGGCUUGGGGCACUCCUGAACUUCACACUUCGAAGGCAUUUUCCUCUGUUAACUUAUAUACUUGGUUGGAAAAUUCUGAUAAUUUUUUUGAGGAGCCAUGAUGUCUGUUUUCCUUGAAGACUAGACAUAUGAUUAUGUCAUUUACUAAGAGAGGGAACACAAAAGCAGAAACAGGGUAAAUGGAAAGACAAAUUACUGGUCAAGUAAGUGGGUGUUUGAAGCCCCAGCAGUGUGUCCACAUGGAAAGUUUAGUAGGAGCCAGGUAGAGGUCUGGUCCAGAGCUUGGGGCAAGUUAAAAGUUGGAGAUCCAGAUUUGGAAGUCACAAGCAUACGGUAAUUCAUGCCAUGGAAAGAGAUGGACUGACUUUAUAAUAGCCUCUACAUAAUCUAGUAGGCAUUGCUGAAAGAUGAUAUCAUAUAUGGGACACACCGAUGUUUUAAGGGCCAUACAGAGCAAAGGAGGCACGGAAGAAGGCUGACAGAAGCCAGAGAGUGGAGGACACCUGAGUGGUGAGAUCCAAUCCAAGAGAAGUUUCAUCCGAGAGACAAUCUGGAGUGAGCUGGAAUUAGGUCAGGCGGGAGAGGAUUCAGUUUGUGACUUGAUGACUGCACUGAGGGAAGCAUACUGAGUAAUUUUUAUUUUGAAGAGAUGUUGCAAUGGGAUCAGAAGCAGUGGUCUCUCUGGGCAAGGGAUAAAGUGAAGUGGCAUUGAAAAGACAAAAUUCCUAGCUCUUCUGUGACUUAAACAAUUCUUAUUGAAUGCUGAGUUUGGACCGCCGCUCAGGACACACCCUCAGGACUCCUCAGAAAUGAACAAAAGCCUCUUUCUGCGUGGGUCAGUGCAGGGCCCCGUCUCCAGCCUCAGUCCCUCUGGCGAGGAGCAGGGACGCGGGGCAGCCGCCAGGGGGCGCAGGCGCGAGCCUAUCCGCAAGUCGUGGGGCGGAGCCAAGCCCCGGGACGGCCCUCGCACGGCUUCCGGCUUCCGGUGGAGCCCUCGGUUGUCGUGCGCAGCCGUCAUGGCAGCCGAGGAGAAGGACCCGCUGAGCUAUUUCGCGGCUUACGGCAGCAGCAGCUCAGGCUCCUCGGGCGAGGAGGACAACAGCGAGCCGGAGGAGACGAGUCGCAGAACCCCGGGUCCCGCGAAAUCGGCGGGCGGCCUCGGGAAGAAGGCGGAGAAACGGCUGCCAGGCCCAGACGAGCUGUUCCGGAGCGUGACUCGCCCGGCCUUUCUGUACAAUCCGCUCAACAAGCAGAUAGACUGGGAGAGGCACGUCGUCAAGGCGCCUGAGGAGCCUCCAAAGGAAUUCAAAAUAUGGAAGUCCAACUGUGUGCCACCUCCGGAGACCUACACCACUGACAAGAAACCUCCUCCGGAGCUGGACAUGGCGAUAAAAUGGUCUAACAUGUAUGAGGACAAUGGUGAUGACGCCCCACAGAAUGCUAAGAAAGCUCGGCUUCUCCCAGAAGGAGAGGAGACUGUGGAGUCAGUGUGCAUUAGAAGUCACUUUAAUAAAGGCACAUCUUCAGUAAAUGUCAUCGUUUUGGAGAUGCCAAAUGAAAUGAUGAAAAAGAUGAACAUUCUUCUAAAAAGCGCAAAGUAGAACCAGGAGAACCAACAAAGAAGAAAAAGUAGAAAACAACAAAUGACAGGAGUUUCUGGACUAUAAAACUUGAAAUGGUUUUUCUCUGGCAAAUUAAUUGAUAGUGUAAAUUAUUAUGAAAUAGCAUCUCCAUGAAUGUCCAUGUUAAUUAACUAAUAAGUAUUGCUGCAGGAACUUUCCACAGUAGAAAUUCAUUUUUUAUUUAAAAUGUGUGUGUAUUUAAACUCAAAUGAUGACUUGUGAUUGUGAAAUUGACACUUGGAAGCAUUCUUGCUCUCACAGAAUUGGUGACUUGCUUUGAGAGUUUUGUCACAUGUUGACAUGCCAACGUUCUAUGAACCUUUUAUAAAGGAAUAUAUUUUUAAAGUAAAUAUAUUGUACUGUGAACUUGUAGGGUGCUUUUCAACAGUGUUUGUACAGUGUAAAUAGAUCAUGGAAAUAAAAUUACUUAUUGAAUAUUAUUACCACUCCAUAACAUUAACAUUUUAAAGAUUUGUCUGUGACAAGUGUCCUCUUUGCCAUGUUGUUUUAUAGUAGAUAUUACCAUUUAGGGAGUGCCUCCUGUGUUCAGGUCCCUUCUGCAUCUUUGAUCCUCAAACAGCCUGGUAAAGCACAAGUUAGUCUCAUUUUAUAGUAAAGAGUGGUUAAGUUAUCCAAGAUUACACAGCUAGUGAGCAGUGAAUGGGAUUCAACUUAGGACACUUGAAUUCCAAAACCUAUCCACCACCUAUCCACCUAUCCACCAAUCAAAAUUUAGUAAUCUUUUGGAGCUGAAUUUUCUGUCUCUUCCAGGUACCCUGCUGUGGUGGUUUGUGGAGAUCUCUUUUACUGUAUAGCUACACUUACAUGCUUUAUAUUGUGAUUGUUCAUUAAUUUCCCUGUUAAUAUUUUGCUGAAGAUAAGGAUCCUCUUAAAGAUUUGGCAGAUGUAGCAAAUAAAAAUACAGGAUACUCAGUAAAAUUUGAAUUUUAGAUAAACAACAAUAUUUUAGUAUAUUCAAUAUUGGGACAUAUUUAUACUAAACUUCUGUUUAUCUGAAAUUCAAAUUUAACUGAGCAUCUUGUAUUUUAUCUGGGAAAUCUCCUUUGUGUUUACCUAGCUCCUAUUUUAAUGCUUUGCAUAUAGUAGUAAAUAAGAAAACAACAAAGGGUAUUCAGGAAGUUAGUAAUCUUUUAUUUCUAUUCCCAAAAUGCAGUGAUUUGUAACUUUUUAAACAAUAAAGGAGAGGUUAUACACUACA